CUGACCUGAGCUGAGCGUUUGCGGGUCGCUGGGCGGGUUGUUGCGGUAGGUGAAGAGGCGCGGGGGUGCCUAUGGUUUUGUAUCCCCGGCUCCGGCCGCAUCCAGAGAUACCACAGAGGGGCCGAGAGGCCUGACUCGUCCAGCCUUGCACGUCCUUCAGGCCGGAGUAAAUGAGGCCCGGAAUCUGGACACUAGAGUUCUCCGCAUUGGUCUGGACCAGGAGACCCGGGCUCUGCUCAGAUUCCAAAUGAAAAUGUUUGAGAGCGUUGACUCCACAACCACAAGAUCUGGCCCUGAUCUUUGGGCUGAAAUCUGUUCCUGUCUGCCACAUCCUGACCAAGAGGAUGGUGCCAGCAAUGCCUUCUCAGACUCCUUUAUGGAUUCUUACCCUGUAGGCACAGGCCAGAGGGAAGCCCCACACUUUCCUGAGCAGCCAGCUAUAAAGCCUUGGGCUCCCUUGCAGGAUUCAGAAGUGUAUUUAGCGUCUCUAGAAAAGAAACUGAGAAAAAUCAAAGGUUUAAAUCAGGAAGUGACUUCCAAGGACAUGCUUCGAACCCUGGCCCAAGCAAAGAAAGAAUGCUGGGAUCGGUUCCUCCAGGAGAAGUUAGCAUCGGAGUUUUUCGUGGGUGGACUUGAUUCUGAUGAGAGCACCUUGGAACAUUUCAAGAGGUGGCUCCAGCCAGAUAAAGUAGCCAUCAGUACGGAGGAGGUCCAGUAUCUGAUUCCUCCAGAGUCACAGGUGGAGAAGCCAUCGGCCGGGGAGGAGCCAGCAGCGGCGGAACAGUAAAUUACACACGCACACGCCAAGCAGCUGUCUUGGGUCCGGAGGGAACAGCAGAGAGCUUGGCGUCAGCAGCAGCAAGGAGAAAUCUAGGGAGGGAAAAAGCCCAAGCCUUCCACUCUGCCAAGCAAGCAGCUGUGGGCCCCUGAGGACGUGCAGGGGUUGGCACAUGUGACUGGUUUGAGCAAAGUGACUGACCCAGUGAGUGCUGGAUCAAAAUACCACCUCCCUCUCUGUCUCACAGCUUGCCUGAGCUCUGUUGCUGCAGGAGAGAAGUCUGCUAAGAAUCUAGUGAAGGACCAAGUAUGAAAGUAUUUGGAGAAAUUGAUGCCCUUGUGUAUAAUGUAUAAGUUAAAUGAGCCAUUUUUUUUUCUUGCCUCUGGAUAUUCCUGCCUGCGUCCCAAGCAUUCCCUUGGUAAAUUGUCAGGGGUGCCUUGGGCCAAAGAAAGUGAAGUCUGCCUCCUUGAAUCCAGGCCCACUGGGGCUUCUUUAACAAGUCCAUAAUAAAUACAAGGACUUUAGGAAAGAAGCUAGGCUUUUCCUUCGUCUGAUUUGUUCCUUGUGGGAAAAAUGGACGAAAGAAGUGUGAAAAUGUGGCUGUUUCUGUGUGUACAUAUACAUUUUUUAUUUCAUGUGUGGUUUCUCCCCUAACUUCCUUCUGCACUUAAAAAGGGCCAGGUUCCAAAGUAGACUUGUAAAUAUGGUGAUAGUGAUAUUGGAAACCACUCCUGAAUAUUUCCAUGUCUGCUCCUUGUGGCAGCUUUCCUGGCUGAGCCUGUUUCCUUCCUUGUUUAUGGUGUUCUUGUUCAGUUUGUAUUGUCCAUAUAAAACUAUUCUCAUCA